AUGGCGGGUGAACAUAGACGAGGGAGUACUGACUCCGAAAAACAAGACAAUCCAGAGAAAGAAGAGAAGAAAGAAAGCGAACUUGAAAAAUAUUGGAAGGCAGUGAAAGAUAACCCUGCUGAUUUUACAGGAUGGACUUACUUGCUGCAAUAUGUAGAACAAGAGAACAAUGUGGAAGAUGCCCAGGAAGCAUUUGACGCGUUCUUUGCACACUAUCCAUACUGUUAUGGCUACUGGAAGAAGUAUGCUGACAUCUUAAAGAAGAAUGGUGACGUAGAGAAAGCGAUUGAGGUUUUUGAACGAGGAGUGAAGGCCAUUCCUCUCAGUGUUGAGUUGUGGUUACAUUAUAUAUCCUAUGUUACUCUUGAAGCUUAUCAAGGCAAAGAAGAGAAUGUUGAACGGAUCCGUGCCCUCUAUGAGAAAGCUUUGUCUGCUGCUGGUACUGACUUCCGUGCUGACCGUCUUUGGGACUCUGUUAUUCAUUGGGAAAAACAGCAGGAAAAUUUACAAAAAGUCAUGGCUCUUUAUGACCAACUCCUCAACAUACCUCUGCAGCUGUACAGUCAUCAUUUUGACAACUUUAAAUCUUUUGUAAAUAGCCACCACCCCAAAGAAAUUUUGACCCUUGAUGAAUUCUUUAAAUUACGAGAAGAAGUUUUAGCCAAAAAGUCUGAUUCUUCUGCUGAAGAGGAAGAUGGGUCAGAUGAGCAACCUCCUGGAGAAGAAGCCCCACCUGGGGUGGAGAGUGAAGGUGGGAAGUCUGAUGAAGUUGAAGCAAAUAAAUUGCGAGCCAAAAUCAUAGAAAUCCGACAAGCAAUUCACAAACAGACUGAGGAAGAAGUCAGCAAGCGUUGGGCAUUUGAAGAAGGAAUCAAGCGUCCCUAUUUUCACAUAAAACCUCUGGAACGGUCGCAAUUAAAGAACUGGAAAGAUUAUUUGGACUUUGAAAUUGAGUAUGGUAGCCAUGAACGUGUUGUGGUUCUUUUUGAACGAUGUAUGAUUGCAACAGCUCUCUAUGAAGACUUCUGGUUAAAGUAUGCUCGCUACAUUGAGCAACACAGUGCCAGUGCUGCUCGUGUUGUAUACAGGAGAGCCUGUAACAUUCAUUUGCCAAAGAAACCUUCAAUCCAUUUAAUGUGGUCUGCCUUUGAAGAAAGCCAAGGUAAUCAUGAUGAAGGUUGGGAGAUCUUGGCUAAUCUGGAGAAGAACAACCCUGGUUUGGCAAUGGUGGCACUGCGACGAAUAAGCCUGGAACGUCGGCAAUCCAACCUCACUGAAGCAGAGGCUCUGUAUAAGGAAUAUAUAGACAAUGCUGCUACAAAUGAAAUUAGAUCCUUUUUUGCGAUCAAGUAUUCUCGAUUUCUGUCAAAGGUUUGCCAAAAUGUUGAUAAAUCCAGAGAAGUAUUAAAAGAAGCAAUUGAAGUGGAUGAAAAUAAUCCAAAGCUCUACCUCCAGCUUUUAGAUUUGGAAUACCAGGCCGAACCAAUCAACCAAGAAACAAUGCUGGAAACUUUUAAGUUUAUACUAAACAGGGAAAUUCCAUUGCAAACUAAAAUUAAAUUCUCUCAGAGGAGGAUAGAAUUCCUUGAAGAUUUUGGAAACGAUAUUUCUAAACUCCUGGAUGUCUAUGAUGACCAUCAGAAAUUACUAAAAGAAGCACAUGUCGAAAAGAAGAGAAAACUUCAAGAAUCAGGAGAGGAGGAUCCUUCUGAUAAGAAGAUGAAACUGGAUGGCAACAAUGCUGCCGGGACCAGUAGUCGGACAAAUGGCUCCAAAGAUUUGGCUAUGGCAUCAGCUGCUUCUGGCUCUGCAACUAAUGACAUUUCAGCUGCGGCUGGCAUGCAGGCAACUGCCCAGAGCUAUCCUUAUGCACAUUGGGGAUCAUACCAAACCUGUUUAUUACUAUUGGUCUCUCUCUCUCCCCUCUCUCUCUCUCCCCUCUCUCUCUCUCCCCUCUCUCUCUCCCCUCUCUCUCUCUCUCCCUCUCUCCCCCUCUCCCCCUCUCUCCCCUCUCUCCCCCUCUCUCCCCCUCUCUCUCCCCUCUCUCUCCCCUCUCCCCUCUCUCCCCCUCUCUCUCUCCCCUCUCUCUCCCCUCUGUAA